AUUCAUUAGCACAUCUAAUCAAGUAAUUAUCUCGCUCAUCUACUGGAAGCGCACGUUAGCACGGACCGUCGCGGUCCGUCCUCUGACUAACAAAUAAAGGGCAAAUACGGAGCAACAAUCCACUUCACCGUUGCCUGCCUCGCAAGGCUCCUCCGCAUCUUCAACAGAAACCAAAUUGCACAAACCCGAAUCAGGGAGCUAACCCAGGUCUUGCUUUAAGCGAUCUGUUCGAUCGAUCUAAGCGGAGGGAAGAAGAAGAGUUUUUCUCUUGAGAAGUCGAGUGGAUAUGGUGUAAUGAGGGAAGGGAGCAGGAGAUGGCUAGGGGAGAGUGGGGAUAUCAAGGGAGAGGGAGAUUGGGGUGUUCUUGUUCGUACAAGAGAAUCACUCUCGUUGUUUGCUUCAUCAACAUUGUUACUGCUCUCUACGUUCUUCGCUCUCUCUACGCCUCCAUUUACGUUUACUCGGCUGACGAUUCCCUAGAUGUUGUAAGGUACGCCCCAGAUCAGAUUAGGAAAAUGGAAGAGUCGAUUCGAAUUCGAAGAGACAAAGAACCAAAGCAGCUUGUUAAACUGCUGAAGGGACUUGAGGAGUUCUCUAGCCAAUUACCUGUAGGGACAUUGUCACAAGCGGUAAAGGAGAGGAUAGCUGAUGAAAUUUUGCAGAGGUUAAGAAGCUUGAAUGCUAAUGCUAGUCUUAGUGAUCAGGGAGAAGCGGUUGAAAGCUGGCGCAAAGAAAAACUUCAAGAAGUCAAAAAUAUGACCAUUGGAAGGGAGGGACUGAAUUCAACUAUUCUGCAAGAGGAAGCUGGGAUGCUUGUAAGAGCCUUGGAAUCUGAUUGGGCUGGAUUGUUAGAGGAAAUUGGGCUCUGGAUACCUGCUCAAAUCAUUCACCAGGAACACGAUGAUAAGCCUGAGGGUGCAGAAGAGUCUGAGGAAGAGAUUUUACCUGGCAGACCACUUCCUCCUGAAUGUCAUCCUGAGCUUCACUCAGAUUAUGAUGGUGUUGCCGUUAGAUGGGGUCUCACUCACCAUAAAGAAAGUGCAGCUGACUGCUGCCAAGCUUGCUUAGAUCAGGCUAAGCGAGCGAAACCAGGUGAAAAGAAAUGCAAUAUAUGGGUUUAUUGCCCAUCUGAGACUGGAUGCCAUUCUCCAGAUAUUUAUGAGCACAAAAAUCAGGAGUGCUGGCUGAAAUAUGCAGAAAAGCCUAGACUGAAUUUUAAGGACAGAUAUCCUGAAUCAUAUAGACAUUCCCAUCCAAACGCACCAACGAUUGUUCCUUGGGUCUCUGGUGUCACCAGUAUGUGAUUGGAUUUUAUAAUCUCCGACGUGGAGCUGGCUCUACCUGCAAUCUGUAUGUAGCGCUGCUUAUAUCAUUGAAUUUUUGUGCUUAUACCAUUGGAUUUUGUCUUAUCACGUUGUUUUGGCUUGCAAAAAUAGAGGAAGGGGACGGGUUGGGAGAAUGAUUUUCAAGUUUACGAUUUAUUUACCGUUCAAUUUUUUGUAACACGUGAUUCUGGUCAUAAGCCCAUGAUUUGAAGUUGGAAAGCUCGUUGCUUAGGUAACCUGACUUGUAAGACAUUAGAAAUGGUGUACUUGUUAACCAGAGAAAGUUGAUUGUAAUGGGAUGAGGAAAUUCUUUUGUUGUAAUAGAUUUUUGCAUCCUUACUAUA